UUGAUAAAGUUUUAGAUGGUUAGAUGCUGGUAAAUGGUCUUCAUAUCCCUUCAUGAUGGCUUUUUUUCUUGUGUUACUCAAUAGAGGAAUAUUAAUACCGUGUCUUUUAUUGCUUUCUGUCUAUCAAGCAGCUUCUCAGCCAAUUUUCAUGGUGACAUAUCCAGGUGUUAUAAGAUCAGGCUCAGAGGCUAAACUGUGUGUGAGCCUUCUAAAACCAGAAGAAAAUCUGCAAGUUACUAUUUCUCUGGUUAACUUUAACCAGAACAGAACACUUUUACAGGAGAGGACUGAGAAGGAAUUCCACCGCUGCAUUGACUUUCAGGCUCCCGACUCUGAUUCAGUGCAAGAGAUCCAAGUGGAAGCUAACGGGAAAAACACUCAUCUGAUUAAAAAGAGGAAAGUCAAAUUUGUAUCAUAUAAUCCACUUACAAUAAUUCGAACAGAUAAAUCAAUCUACAAUCCAGGACAAAUAGUUCAGUUCAGGAUUUUCACAGUGGACCUAAAUUUUAGGCCAGUUAAUGAAACGUACAAACUCAUAGCAAUGCAGGACAAUCGAAUGAACAGAAUCAAUCAGUGGAUUAAUGCCACAUCAACCCAUGGCAAGAUUCUGCAACUAUCCCAUACGCUGAAUCCAGAGGCACCUGUUGGUUCAUAUGUGCUGUUUGUAGAGAUUAGCAAACAAACAAUUAAAGAAUAUUUUCAGGUUAAAGAGUAUGUUCUACCAACAUUCGAAGUGAAACUACUCAAACCAAAGACAGUGAGAGCGAAUGAAGAGGAAGUAAAGCUGGGGGUAUGUGGGAGAUACACCCAUGGACAUCCUGUCCAGGGUAACGUGAAGAUGGGACUCUGUGAAACCAUGCCAGUCUCUGUUUAUUAUCCCUAUCUGUAUCAAACUCCAUUCUGUGUUAAUAGGUCAGCAGUAGUAAGUAUGACUAAAUGUUCAUUGUCUCAAAAUAGUUGGGAAACUGUACUAGCUGCUUCCAGAACAUUUCAAAUUGAGAAAUGCUUUGAAAACAAGGUGUCACUGCGGUUUUCUCCGAGUACAGCUGUUCCUGGUGAAGAAAACACUCUCCAGAUCUCAGCUCAGCCUGGUUCACUGUGUGGACUCAGUGCUGUAGAUCAGAGUGUCCUGAUCCUGGAAUACAGAGAACGUCUAGAUGCUGACAAAGUGCGGGUUUAUCAAACAGGACCAGUGCAGGACUCUGUGUUCUCAUUUACACACGAGCAGCUCAUUGUGUUUAGAGUGGCUCAGAGUGGCUCAGUUAACAGUUCUCCAUACAGUAAUACUACUGUUAUUAUUAUUAUUAAAUACUCCUUUUUUUGUACAGGAUGGUUCAGGUUUUCAUUGUUUAAUUCUUUUGUUUUUUUGUUGGUCAAUACUACAGGUUAUACAAUGAAUGGGAUUGAUCCCACACCUCUACCCGAGGAAACCGUUCGCACAUUCUUCCCAGAAACUUGGAUCUGGGAACUUGUUGAGGUUGGGGACUCUGGAUCAGCUCAGGUUCCUGUCACGGUUCCUGACACCAUCACCUCUUGGGAGACAGAGGCCUUCUGUCUGUCCUCCGAAGGUCUGGGUCUGGCUCCUCCUGCUCAGCUGACAGUUUUCCAGGCCUUCUUCCUGGAGCUCUCUCUGCCUUACUCCAUCAUCCGUGGGGAGAUCUUUGAGCUGAAGGCCACUGUCUUCAGCUAUCUGUCCAAGUGCAUCAUGGUUAAAGUGACUCCAGCUCCUUCCUCAGACUACACUCUCAAAGCCUCCUCUGAUGAACAGUAUUCAUCCUGUCUGUGUGCUAAUGGAAGAAUAACCUUUAAAUGGAUCCUCACACCUUCUGUUCUUGGAGUCUUGAAUAUUACAGUCAGUGCAGAGGCUGAGUCGUCCCAGACUGUGUGUGACAAUGAGAUUGUGAGCGUGCCAGAGAGAGGACGCAUUGACACAGUCACACGAAGCUUGCGUGUAAAUGCUGAAGGAAUUGAAAAGACUAACAGCCACAGCUGGCUGCUUUGCCCCAAAGGCCAAAACCUCUUUGAGGAAGUAGAGCUGACAUUUCCCAAUAAUAUGAUAGCAGGAUCAGGAAGAGCUACUGUUUCAGUGCUUGGAGAAAUAUUGGGUCGUGCACUGACAAAUCUUCACGGAUUACUACGGAUGCCGUAUGGCUGUGGAGAACAAAAUAUUGCAGUUCUUUCUCCCAAUAUUUACAUUCUCCAGUAUCUGGAAAACACGGAACAGCUCACUUCAGCCAUCCGAGAGAGAGCCACCGGCUUCCUUAAGAGUGGGUACCAAAGACAACUCAACUAUGAGAACUCGGAUGGAUCAUAUACUACAUUUGGAAAGGGAGAAGGAAAUACAUGGCUGACCGCAUUUGUGCUGAGGACUUUUGGGAAAGCACAGCGGUACAUCUUUAUUGACCCCCAAAAAAUUCAGAAUAUAAAGCAAUGGCUGAUACGCCACCAAAGACCAGACGGUUUAUAUGAGACCAGGGGGAAACUCUUUCAUAACAGAAUGAAGGACGGAGUCCUUUUUCCUAUUUCAGAUGGGUCUCAUCUCCACUGGUCUCAGUCUGCAUCUGCUGAUGACUCUGAUUCUCUGGCAGUGGAGAUCAGCUCAUAUGUGCUGCUAGCUGUUCUCUCUAUCAAUUCACUCACUACAGCUGAUCUGGGCUUUGCUAACAGGAUUGUCAGCUGGCUUGUGAAGCAGCAGAAUGCCUAUGGAGGAUUCUCCUCCACACAGGACACAGUGGUGGCUCUUCAGGCUCUGUCUUUGUACGCUACCAAAGUGUUCAGCUCUGACCGCUCCAGCACAGUGACUGUACAGUCAGCAACAGACACUCACCACUUUGAUGUCAAUCAGGACAAUAAGUUACUGUACCAGGAGAAGCAGCUGCAGGACGUCCCAGCCAAAUACAGCAUUGAAGUGAAGGGCUCAGCCUGCGUGUCUGUGCAGAUGUCUCUUUUCUACAAUAUCCCCACUCCCAAGGAUUCUAAGGCAUUACAAAUCUUUGCUAAGACUUGGGGUCUGUGUCAGAGUGGGACAGGACAAAUUCUGGAUGUCGUAUUAGAUAUUAUUUAUACUGGGACACAAGACAGUUCUAACAUGGUCAUUGUAGAUAUGAAACUCUUGUCUGGUUUCAAACUAGAGCCCUCUUCCCUGGAUGCAUUAAAGAAAGCAGUACAUCGUGUUGAAUCCGAAGACGACCACGUGAUCAUGUAUCUUCAAGAGGUUCAGAAGUACAUGCACAUCCACUUAGCACUACGUAUUACACAAAUCUUCUCAGUUAAAAACCUCAAGCCAGUGGUUGUAAAAGUCUAUGAUUAUUACCAGACCUGUAAGUCUAAAUUACUCAGCACUUAAUUAUUUCUAGACAUUUAAGUCUUGGCACCAUUGAAGCUUUAUUAAAUUUUUAUUUGCAAUCGAGCGGUCUGAAGCAGAAUACUUUUAUCCCAGUGCCUGAGGAAGAAUGCCACAGAAGAGACAACGGAUGUCUUCACACCAAUGUUCACACAUUCAAUAUGUUACUCUGCAAAUUUAUAUUGGAUUAGCAUAAAUAAUUUUGAAAACACACACAAACUUAUACACACACACACACACAUACAUAUAUAUCUAUACUAUACUUCUCACAUGACAACUCUCGGAGGGAUUGUCACGGUAAUGUACAUGACAAUGUUAAUGUGUUUGGUCUUGACGGAAUAAAUCUGCUGCUGCUGCGGUUGCUUUAAUAGAGCAAGUACCGAGACCCGCUUUUGCCAAUUACAUCCAUAACAUGCUGAUGAAAGCAUGUAAUAA